UUCUUCUCUUCUUAAUCAAGCACACUACACAGCAUUUUCCUCCAAGAAAACUUCUCUUCUUUCCAAGAAAUCAUUUUCCCAAGAAAAUCCCCCAUUCCUCCUACUUUUCAAGAAAAUGCCUUGGCUUAGUAACCCCCAACGCCGCCACCAGCACCAGAAGCAGCAGCAGCAGCGGCAGCAACAGCAGCAGCAGCAGGAGGACUACCGACGUUCUAAUCCACCUAAAUGUCCACCUUCGAAUAUUCCCUUCCAUUACUUCGUCGCAAUAAUUCUAUUGAUUUUCUCCGUCCAAUUUUUUAUACACAAAACGGCCAAGAAUCCUUUCUUUGUCUAUCCUCAGGGCAAUUCAACAGACUAUACUUCCCCGUUCGCUGAAGUACUUCACUCACCCAUUGUCUUUGACCAAAAUUAUGCUAGGAUGGAGAGGGAUUUCAAGGUCUUCGAGUACCCAGAAGCAGAACCUAGCAUGUAUUUUUUUGCACUUGAGGAUCUCAGGGGCCAAUACGCAAGCGAGGGACACUUCUUUCAUAAUCUAAGAGCGAGCAUUUUUUUGACUGAUGAUCCUGAUAAGGCUCAUUUGUUUUUCAUUCCCAUUUCUUGUCAAAUAAUGGCAGAAGAGGGAUAUUCACAUCAGGACAUGGACAGGACUAUCAAGAAUUAUAUCAAGAACCUAAUUUCUGAGUACCCUUACUGGAAUAGAACUCUUGGUGCUGAUCACUUUCUUGUUGCUUGCCAUGACAUUGGACUGAAUGCCUCUUCUCAAAUUCCUCAACUUGAGAAAAACUCAAUUCGAGUUGUGUGUUCUUCAAAUUAUAGGAGUAGAUAUAUUCCACACAAGGAUGUUGCCCUCCCACAGAUAGUGCAGCCAUUUGCUCUUCCAGCUGGUGAAUUUGGCACAGAGAAUAGGACUAAACUCGGUUUGUAUGUUGGUUCGUCUGACACAAAAGUAGGACGUGAUUUUAUAGAGGCUCGGAAGAAUGAUCCUGAAUUUGAUAUUUGGCACACCCAGCUGGAUAAUGAUCCUGAAUUUGGGAUUUGGAAAACCCAGCUAGAUAAUGAUCCUGGAUUUGAGAAUCGGAGCACCCAGUUAGAUGAGCCUAGAGCCACACUCUUCUAUGUCAAGAAAUUCUACAAAGCCAAGUUUUGCAUCUGUCAUCAAAGUUCUGGUACGAAUAGCGCUUGUGUAGCAGAGUCUAUCCACUCCGGUUGUGUUCCUGUCAUCAUGUCUGAGUACUACGACUUUCCAUUUAAUGACAUUAUCAACUGGAAGAAAUUCUCUAUAAUAGUCAAGGAGGAGGACGUUUAUCAUCUGAAGGAAAUUCUUAAAGCCAUAUCCGAUGAAAAAUACCUGGAAUUGCAGAAGAACACAGUCAAGGUACAAAGGCUCUUUGAGUGGAAUUCAUCUCCAAUGGAAUAUGAUACGUUUCACAUGGUUAUGUAUGAGCUAUGGUUGCGCCGCCAUGCUAUUAAGUACUGAAUAAUGACUGGAACACUCCCUUGUGUUGCUUCAGUAGCUCCAUAGUCAGUACAGAGACAAAGCAUUAGCUGGUAUAUUAGCUUUGUUGAUUUUUCUCAA